UCCCACACCGCACGUCCGCGCGGCAGAUCCCCCCCGCGUCGUCUCCUCUCCACACACACGCAAGCGCGAGACAGGGGGCGGGAGCUCGUGCCUGCACUUCCAUGGCCGGCGUCUCCUCGUCUCCUCUUCGCAGCUUCACACGCGUGCGCUUUCCUUAGCCCUUCUGGUCGCACGUGCACGUUUACCGGUCGUGCUAGGACAGUUGCCUGUAGAGGUGUGUUUCUUGGAGGAAGAGGAGGAGGAGGGGAGAUGAUGGUGGGUAGGAGGGGGAGCAAGAACCCGAUGCGGCGGACGACGAGCAUGACGGAGUUCGCGCCGCCGGACGCGUUGGCGGUGGUGGUGGAGGACGAGGAGGCAGAGGCAGGGCAGCAGCUGCCCAACGGCGGUGCCGGAGGCCAGGACUGGCUGGCCGCGCUCGGCGGCGCCGGCGGCGUCGUUGGCGGCGCCGCGGCGCAGGAGGACUGGCUGGCGGCGUACCGCGCGCGCGCGGCGCCGGCGCGGGCGGGGCUCCGGCGGAACUCGGCCGAUUGCUCGGCCACCGAGGCCGCCUCCUUCCUCCGCGCCUGCGGGCUCUGCCACCGCCGCCUCGGCCCCGGCCGCGACACCUUCAUGUACAAGGGCGAGGCGGCGUUCUGCAGCCUGGAGUGCAGGGAGCGGCACAUGACGCAGGAGGAGUGGAAGGACAAGUGCGCAGUGACGUCGAUCAAGGACGCACCGACUGCGCCCCCCACCGCACGCCGCGGCUCCCGCAAGCCCGGCACCGGCGGCACGGUGGCCGCGGCAUGACGAGGCGCGCGCGCACACGCAGCCAGCGCCGAGCUCAUCGAUCACUCAUCAGCAGCCUUACUAGCUAUACCAGCUUAAUCUAUUUGUUAUCUGCAUCGCUGCAUGAGCCGUAGAUACCACUAGCUUAAUCCGAUCGAUCGAUUUAUCGAUCCGUAUAAUAUGUUAGUACAUCUAAAAAUUGUUCCUGCUUGCUCGGAUGCUAUCGAUCAUUGUUGGUAUCAUUGUACCGAUCGAGCAGCAUGUACGUAGAAGGUGAAAAAAAAGAAAAGAAAAGUGGCUGCAGCUUAGCUAGCAGCUGGAUGCAGAUGUACUGUUCGGCAGAGUUGCUGUUGGGAUUGGUCUUGUCACGAACUGGAUGUUAUUACGACGACUAAUUCGUAAUAAAGCCUGUGAGUACCAUAA